GACAUCCCACAGGGGACAUCCCAACAACGAGUUGCUGUACGCGGAAAUGUGUGCGGUGAAUUCUUUUACUGCCAGUGCGAUCGAGUUGAGACGUAUUUACCUCAUGUCAGUCCAUUUGUUAGUCCGCUCGUAGCACGCUUCUAAUGCAAACACUUCAUUUGGAAAUGCAUCUGAAGAAGACGGAAGAGCUGCUUGAUGUAAAAUUCUACUAACAAUCAUCUUUCAAAGUUGCAGAGUCGUAUGCUGCUUGUAGUAGCAUAAUAUGCGGCUUGUUGGCUAAUGCACUAAGUCACGUCUUUUGAUGCACAUGGCAAAACACUAAUGUCGGAGACGGGAAAUUCAGCGGGAGUUAUGAACCGAAUCUGGGUCUGUGUACGCGAGGAGGAGGAGGAGAUGGGCGACGUGAAAACGGAUCUCGACACGCUGUCAACAACAUGCUACGAACCAACUCAGCCUGGCGGCGAUGCAGAGCAGAUGUCGACCAAAGAAGAGCUAGAAGAGUCAACAGUGGAAAUCAUAGUUAAAACAGAAGACAUAGAAGAAGACUACGACAGUUCUGAUCAAUACCAGAACAGCCAUGAUGCUCCAGCUGCACAGGAGGAAGACGCGCACACAGAAGAUGAAACCGUGGCAACGCGGAGCAAGCCCAGGCCUUACGAGUGCCCCGACUGCGACAAGACGUUCCUGUUCCCCACGUUGCUACGGCGACACCAGCGUCUGCACACGGGGGAAGGUCUCCUGGCGUGCCCCCAGUGCGACAGGUGCUUCGCGCUCGAGAGCCACCUGACCAACCACCUGCGGACGCACGCACACCAGACCUACGCCUGCGCACAGUGCGAGAAGCCCUUCAGCCGCAAGAACAAGCUGCUCCGCCACCAGGACCCGAUGAACAACGUAGCGCCAACGCAAUGCCCACACUGUGCCAAGACGUUUAGUCGCACCACGUGCAUCAGGUAUCACCGUGGGCAACACGUGGAAGGCCCGCAGCACGUGUGCGGCGAAUGUGGGAAGUCGUUCGGCGGCGCCACGCCCCUGCGGGACCACCAGAGGGUGCACGGGGUGAAGCCCUACGGCUGCCCGCAGUGUUCCGCCGCGUUCAUGACGCCCUCCGCCCUCGCCAAGCACCGGCGCCGCCACACGGACGAGCGCCCCUUCGCCUGCUGCCAGUGCGGCCGCGCCUUCCGCUGCAAGGAGGCGCUGAAGCGGCACAAGAGCACGCACUACGCCCCGGGGGAGCCGCUCCCGCCCCCCUGCGGCUGCCACGCCUGCCGCCAGAUCUUCACGCCGCCCACGCGCCUCACCUCGCUGGAGAGGAAGCGGCACAAGUGCCCGCAGUGUGGCAAGGCCUUCGCCCGCCUCACCUACCUGAAGCUGCACCUGGGCUUCCACGCGCGGCGCGAGACCAAGCCCGAGUGCGGCCAGUGCGGCGCCGUCUUCCCGCGCGCGGCUCAGCUCCGGGCGCACGAGAACGAGGCGCACGGCAGCGACGACGCCGGCGCCAGCGGCAAGUACCGGUGCUGCCGGUGCCGGCGGGCGUUCGUGCUCAAGUCGGGCCUCCGGGCGCACCGGAAAGCGGCGCACGGCGGCGACGACGCCAAGCCCUGCGGCUGCCCGGCGUGCCGGGAGAUCUUCGCGCCGUACGGCUGCCCCGACUGCGGGAACGCGUUCGGCAGUCCGUCGGCGCUGCGCAACCACCGCAGGAUCCACAGCGGCGAGCGGCCGUACGCGUGCGCCGAGUGCGGCAAGACCUUCGCCCAGCCGGGGGGCCUGCGCAGCCACGAGCGCACGCACGGCGGAGAGCAGCGCUUCCUGUGCUCGGACUGCGGCAGGACCUUCAGCUUCCUGUCGUCUCUCACCAACCACCAGCGCUUGCACAGCGCCGAGACCGAGACCGAGACCGAGAAGAAGUCGCACGCGUGCACGCAGUGCAACAAGAGCUUCGCACGGGAAAAAUGCCUGCACAGUCACGAGCGCAUGCACACCGGGCAGAAGCCUCACGAGUGCGCACAGUGCGGCAAGAGCUUUGCGUUCGCCAGAAGCCUGCGCAAUCACCAGCAGCUCCACAGCGGGGAGAAGAAGACGUACGCGUGUUCCAAGUGCGACAAGACCUUCUCGCAGGCGGCCGGGCUGCGCAAUCACGAGCGCACGCACACCAGAGACAAGCUGUUCCUGUGCUCGGACUGCGGGAAAGAAUUCCGUUACCGGUCGUCUCUCACCGACCACCAGCGGCUGCACAGCGGGGAGAAGCCGUACGCGUGCUCGCAGUGCAGCAAGAGCUUCGCGCUGGAGAAAUACCUGCACAAUCACCAGCGCACACACAGCGGGGAGAAGCCUCACGCGUGCGGGCAGUGCAGCAAGACCUUCGCGCUCGCUAAAAGCCUGCGCCUGCACCAGUACGUGCACAGCGGGCAGAAGCCGUUCGAGUGCCCGCAGUGCCACAAGAGCUUCGCGCUCGCCAAAACCCUGCGCGGCCACCAGCGCACGCACGGCGGGCGGAACCCGUUCGUGUGCCCCGAGUGCGGCAAGGCGUACACGUCCGGCCCCAGCCUCUCCCGACACCGCCGCGUGCACACGGACGCCCCGCCCUUCCCCUUCCCGUGCGCGCGCUGCGGACGGGCCUUCACACGCCGCUCCGGCCUCGCCGCACACCGCUGCCUGCCGCCCUGACGGG